CCUGCCCGGCUUGGAGUACGGAAGUAAAGUAAAGCUGAACUGAUCGGAUUUCUCGUUUAAAUUGAGACUUCUUGGACUGUUUUGUUCACUUCAGUAGGGACUCAAGAUGACUACGUUUACUCUCAAGAAGACAUAUGCAUCUUUGCCCCGCACAGUGCGGGGUCAGCCAAUCGUCAUCAAUGGAGAUCCCAAAGAAAAGAACUUCCUUUACUGCAAUGGAAAUAAUGUUUUCAUCCGAAACAUCAAUGACACUUCUGAAUGUGAUGUCUAUUCUGAGCACUCUAAGGAGACUUCUGUGGCAAAAUACUCCCCCUCAGGCUUUUACAUUGCUUCAGGAGACGUUACCGGCAAGGUGAGAAUUUGGGAUACUGUGAACCCAGAGCACAUCCUCAAGAUUGAGCACUCUGCCAUGUCUGGAGUUAUCAAGGACAUAGACUGGACCAUGGACAGCCAGAAGAUCAUUGUUGGAGGAGAGGGCAGGGAGUUCUUUGGAAGGGCCUUCACUUAUGAUUCUGGAAAUACUGUUGGAGAGAUCAAAGGUCACAGUAAAUCUAUCAACUCAGUGUCUAUCAGACAAGGCAGACCAAUGAGAGCUGUCACCGGUAGUGAGGACUUUACCUCUAUAUUCUAUGAAGGCCCACCAUUCAAAUUUGUGUGCUCAAAAAGCGAACAUACCAACUUUGUGAACUGUGUGCGCUUCAGCCCUGAUGGAAGUAAAUUCAUCUCUGGUGGGGCUGAUGGCAAGCUGUUUAUGUAUGAUGGAAAAACUUCAGACCUGAUUGGAGAGUUGGGGGCCCCGAAAGCCCAUGCUGGAGGUAUUUACUCUAUCUGCUUCAACGCCGACGGCUCCAAAUUGCUGUCUGUGUCAGGAGACAAGACUGCUAAAAUCUGGAACAUUGAGGCCAACUCUGUUGAAACAGAUUUCGUGCUAGGCAAACAAGUGACAGACAUGCAAGUUGGAUGUUUGUGGCAAGGGGACAAUAUCAUCACCGUGUCUCUCUCUGGAAAUUUCAACUACUUGGACCCUGCUAGUCCAGCUUCACCCAAAAAAAUUAUCAAGGGUCAUAACAAGCCUAUUGUGGCUCUGACUACAAGCCCUGAUGGUUCCAGUUUCUACACUGCGAGCAGCGAUGGCCUAAUUGUCAGUUGGAAUGCUGCUACUGGUGAGAGCGAUGACAUUAAGGGCAAAGGUCACACCAACCAGGUGAUGGACCUGGCCCUCGGCGGGGAUGUCCUGGUGUCUGUUGGCAUUGACGACACCGUCCGAUUCACACCGACUGGCAGCGGGGAGUACAGUGGAGACUCUGUAAAACUUGAGUCCCAGCCCCGUAGCGUGGACUUCAAAGAGAAUGUUGUCGUCAUCGCCUGUCUCCGUCAUGUGUUGGUAUUCGACGCGUCAGGUCGCAAACUGUCCUCUCUGCAAGUGGAGUAUGAAGGAUUGAGCGUCAGCAUCAACCCAGGGGCGACUCAAGUGGCUGUUGGCUCAAAAACCAGGAUCCACAUUUAUGAGCUCAGCAACGGGACACUGACUGAAAUCAGGUCAGAAGCGGCUCAAGAGGUUGCUGCUCUAUCAUAUUCCCCAGAUGGUGCUUACUUGGCCGUUGGCUCAAAGGGAAAAGUCAUGAUGUUUGAUGUACAGGAUUGGCAAGAAUCCAUUGGUGGCUGGGGAGAACAACACACUGCUAAAGUGACCAGUGUCCAGUGGUCCCCAGACUCAAGGCGAUUUGCCUCCGGCAGUGUGGACUCGCACAUCAUUAUUUGGGAGCAGGGCAAAUUUGUUGGCAAGAAACCAUCUGUCAAAGCUCACCCACUCAGCCACAUCAACAGGCUUUCCUGGUUGGACAACAAUACCAUCGUCACUGCCGGACAGGACUCCAACCUUAAAAUCUGGCAGGUCUCAGAUUAAACUUGUUGUGCCUUAUGCAGUGUAGGAACAAAUGUGUCUUUCCAAAUAUAUUUUUUUCAGUUAAAUUUUAAUAUUAUUUUAUGUGAAAUUGAUUUACACAUUUUCUUAAAGGAUUCUGUAGUGAAGUUAUUUCCACUUGAACUUAAACACCUCUAGCUACACUGUCCAUGACUGUUGCAAAGCACAUAUCUGUCAACGAAGCAGCUGUCUGUCUAGAUGUGAGAGUGGAAAGAAAUAUGAUGUUUACAAGAUGAUACUUCAGUCUGGUGUGUGUUGUUGAUUGUGCAGUGUGCUGGCUGUGUCUGUAGGUUUCCUAGAAGCAGAUGGAAGUGUCUUGUAAUGUAACUUCUUCUUUUUGUUCCGCAAGAAAUUGGUUUCUGUUGGAGUUUCUCCUGUACUAGGGGGAUUUGAGCGUCGGAGGAUUUUCAUAUUCCAGGAAAUCAUGUUACUUUUCCUUUUAUAUGGAGGGCCAAUUGUACAUGUGCCCACAUAAAAUUCCUUUCGACAUUUGUUUUAUAUUUUGUUUAGAAAUUGAGUUUUAUUAUUGAAUGUUUGCGAGUGAGUAGUGUUGAUUGUGAUAUAAUAGCAAAUCUGAAAACACAGCUUUAUAUUUUUGCACAAUGCCAGUGGAUGUUCUAUGUUUCUGUUGUAAGGACAUUAUGUAGAUGGUAAAAAGCCCAGAUUCUAUUGUUGAAGAGGGCUGUGUUUCCAACACUGAAGUGUUUUAGUAUGGUCUUUAUUUAUUUCUAUUGUUACUAACAUACUGAGUUUGUGAAAUAUUGAUUGACUGUGACUCUUACUAAUUGAUAUUGGGUGGAGGAAGGUAAAGUAAAAACAAUGGUGUAACCGUUCAUGGAAUAUAUUCCUAACAAACUGUUGAUUGCUGUAAAUUUAUGCAUAAUGACCUAUAACAUUGGUCUUGUCUCUUUUUGGGGUUCUGAAGAAGAGUUUGUGUCAAAAAGCAUAUCAGCAGUGUUUAAUUAUAGACACUUUUCAGGUUUGCACAGCUUCUUAUAAAAAUUUGUCUUGAGGUGCAGUUUAUGGAAUUCCCAAUAUAUUUUGUUAUAGUAUCAUAGCUGGAGAGAAACUGAUUUAUGUAUCGAAAAUGAGUAUUUUUCCAAUGCAUGGAUUUUCCAUAAGAACUUAGGUCUUCGAUUUAGUGGAAUCCGGUUUUUUUCCUCGUCAACGAGUUAUACUCUUUGCUGAACACUUGAGGCUAUGGCAUGCCUCAUAGGGUUAAGAAUUUGUGAGCUGCAUAUGUGUACACCACUGUUCUUAUCAAAUGCAUAAUUAGUUCAUUCUGGAAAAAAAAAAUUAGACCUGUUGAUGUAGAACUGAAAUCCAUAUAUUGGCAUGAAUUGAUUAUCCAUCAUAUAUAUGGAAGCCAUCAAAUUUUAAGGUGCACAAUUCAGUGAAAUAAGGAUGGAGAUUUAUUGCACAGCCUCAAGUGACCUCAUGACAGUCUGCGCUUUCGCCUCAACACUUUCACGGUAUGCUUUGGUGCUGUUCCUGGGAUAUUCACUGUAUUUAAUGGAAUACUUUGAGAUGAGAAUUAUGAGCAUUAAAGGAAUAGCUUAUAUUUAAUGCUUUCAAUUUCCUCUUCACCUCUUUGAAUAUGUGAGAGAAACCUGAUGUGAUGUCUCCAGAACUUUUUACAACUGCUCUUUUAUGACUCUGCAACAUUUAAUCUCUUAUGCAAUAUAAUUUUUAUUAUUCAUGAAGUAUAGGAUGAAUUUGUUUGUUUAUAUUAUAUUGUCAAUUUAGUGGGUGUUAUGAAAACGAUUUAUCAUGUUAGUAAAGCACAUUGAAGUGGCAUGUCAGCAUAUUUGUUGGAUUUGGAAAUGACCUUAUGAAAAUGUAGUGCAUUCAGAAAGAUAAUGUAACUGUUUUACUGUCUUAGGGUCUCCCAGUCUUAACUUCUUAGGGCUGCCACUUCAGUACCACAUUGUUUGUGAACUUAAGUCAACAAUUAUGCAAAUUAUGCUGUCUGUGGUCUUUUUUUAUUAUCCUUUGCCCAUUGAUAUGAGAUUGACGCCAUCUGAUUAGUAGAAAAAAGUGUGUAUGAAAGUGUCCAAUAGUGUAUUCUGUGCAUAUUAAGUAUAACAAGUGACUGUAAUAGCAGAUAGAGAUUCCAGGAUUAUAGAUAUCAGUUAUUGAUCUGAGAAAGAUGAUGAUUUUAGAUAUGAUGGUGGUGAUGAGUGAUGAUGUGGGAUUGCGUUUAAGUAAUGUUAGCAUUAGUCCUAUCUCCCUCUACUCCAAUGAGUCACUAGGGACGUGGGCACCCUCUAUCCAGUUCCCUACUGGAACCAUCUUUACGGUCACCGUGAAGUCUGUCUGUGGUCUUGAGUACCGGUAUAGUCAACAAUGUUUGGCUGAACAGUGAAAUUUUUCUGAGAAGUUAAUGUAGGGAUCCAUGCUUUUUAUCCGUAAUUUCUUUUGUUUCAAGGGGAAAAAAUCAUUUUCUCGAUUGUGCCUCUUUUUGCUUCAGGGGUAUAUAUGAAGCAGAAAUGUUUGACCAGUGGUAUUUAAGAUUGUUGGCAGGAUCAGUUGUUUUGCUUUCCUUCCUUCUGCUUUGGUUCAAGUCGAUUUGCAAAGAAAAAUUACGUCCUCAUAUAUAAUAUACACACAAACAAAUAAUUUUCGGCUGCUACAAAGAAAAAAUGUACUUUGGCAUGGAUAAGGAGAGACUAUGGAUUGGAGAUAUAUAUUUGCAUGUUGAUGUAUCUUUCUGAAAUUGUAAAAUCUGUGCAAUGCAUUGUUGCUGUAUUGAAAUAAAAGGCUUACUUCUAAA